AAUCCAUCCAUUCCCUUGACCCACGCCUCAUAAUGGUCGAUCGUCUGCAUUCUAAUAUCAUCAAGCUUCUCACCCAGCCGUCAUGAGAUCCUUUCUGGACAGAUCGGUGGAUCGCGACCGGUCGGAUUCUCCUCCAUGACAGCCGCCGGUCCGUGGUUCCUUGACUGGUCCACCCAAUCGGUACUGUCUGCUUGACUGCUUGACCCUCACGUCUUGCUCACGGCUAUUCACUACUUCUACUCACUGCUUGAGUGACCACGGAAUCUGGCCCGGGAUGGUCGGAUCAAGCCCGAUGUUCGCCAGCAUAUGUGAUUUGCUCGUUCCCCGCACGCUGGCAACUCGCCUCGCAUCACCCUCCCCGCUCCCAUCGGCACUCAGGAAACAGCUAUUUAGACUCCAGCUUCGACUGGGCAGAGGGGUAGUUUAGCAGCUCGGGAACUUUUGUGCUGUCACACUUGUAACCACAAUAAUGACGGCCUCGACGGAAGAUAUUGCGCCCUUUUCGGUGGAUGGGAAGACGGCCAUUGUCACGGGCGCUGGCUCGGGGAUCAAUCUGUCAUUUGCAUCUCUUCUACUAUCCCGAAAUUGCAACGUGGUGGUGGCCGACAUCGCAUUGCGACCAGAAGCCGAGCAACUCAUUGCCAAGUAUGAGGCCGUCGAUUCCUCCCCGCGAGCAGUUUUCAUUCGCACAGACGUCACCUCUUGGGCAGACCUGAAUCUCAUGUUCGACUUGACCUUGUCCUUGUUCGAAGAAUUCCAUAUCCUCUGUCCUGGGGCUGGGGUCUACGAGCCCCCGUGGUCUAAUUUCUGGCAGCCACCCGGUUCCGCGAUCAGCAAAGACAAGGACGACAGCGACCGGUACGCUCUACUGGAUAUCAACGUCACGCAUCCGAUCCGAACGACCCAACUGGCCUUGUCGCACUGGUUGCAUCCGACGAGCCCCAACGUGACUCCUGUCUCCCCGCAGAAUCCCCGCCGCGUUAUUCACAUCUCCUCUGUGGCAGCCCAACUGCCGAAUGUUGUGUGUCCCAUGUAUGGCGCUUCAAAGGCCGCCAUUACCGGAUUUGUGCGAUGUCUGGCCCCCCUUGAACAAGCAAUCGGCGUCCGCGUCAACGCAGUGGCCCCUGGUCUCAUACGUACGCCAUUGUGGGUCGAGAAUCAGGAGAAGUUGAUGCUUAUCGACCAGGAGAAGGAUGGAUGGGCAACGCCCGAAGAGGUCGCCUCAGCCAUGCUACGAUGCAUGGAAGAAAAGGAGCUUGAGGGUGGAACAAUCCUAGAAGUUGUUCGAAACUCAACCCGACGCGUCGAAACGCUCAAUGACCCAGGUCCCGCCAGGGCGGCUGGGGAUGCCUCCGUUGGCAGCAAGAACCAGCAGGGGGUGGACCAACUCCUCGAAUUCCUUAAGCAGAAGGAUAUAUGGGCCCCACAACAGCGGUCGACGUAGUGUAUGUACUGCGAUCUCCAACUUCAUUCAGUCUAUUUGUAGGGAAGGCAUAAGAAAUUGUGAAUAGCUAGAUCUACAGCAAAUUUGUCCAGGUCGGUGUAAUGCUGUCCGUCGUAUAUUCAUUUCAAUCCAU